UUACGCACUAAGGGCCUGUUUUGUGCUGACAGCGGGUCAGCGCUUCUCUAAUGGGCCGGUUAAGAGCUGCGACCGGGAAAAGACAGACUAAUGCAUCAUUACUAUCACCAAUCAGCAUAGGGGAUUCCCUUUCAGAGAGAUUCACGCUGGAAAAGUAUACGUUUUGAGAAGACACGGUUGGACAUCAAUUGUUUAUUAUUUAGUUUUGCUGUUUCGCCUGGAAGGGCCUUGGCGGUGGGGCAGAAUGCCUCAAAAAGAAUACCAUAACCAAACCACGUGGGAAUCUGGAGUGGCCUCCAUGAUGCAAAACAGUCACAGCGGCGUCAACCAGCUCGGCGGGGUCUUUGUGAACGGCAGACCCUUACCGGACUCCACCAGACAGAAAAUCGUUGAACUCGCUCACAGCGGAGCGCGACCCUGCGACAUAUCCAGGAUUUUACAGACCCAUGAUGAUGCAAAAGUCCAACUGGACAAUAAGAACGUGUCGAACGGCUGCGUGAGUAAGAUUCUGGGGAGAUAUUAUGAGACCGGCUCCAUACGACCACGAGCUAUUGGAGGCAGCAAGCCGAGGGUAGCGACGCCCGAAGUGGUCAGCAGAAUAGCACUGUAUAAGAGGGAGUGCCCAUCUAUCUUUGCCUGGGAAAUUCGGGACAGACUACUGUCCGAGGUGGUUUGCACCAACGAUAACAUACCCAGCGUAUCGUCAAUAAACCGAGUCCUGCGCAACCUGGCGAGCGAAAAGCAACAGAUGGGGGCAGAUGGUAUGUACGACAAGCUGAGGAUGCUCAACGGGCAGACCGGCACGUGGGGGACGCGCCCGGGAUGGUACCCCGGCACAUCUGUGCCAGGGCAACCGAAUCAAGAUGGCAGCCAACAGCAGGACAACGGUGGCGAGAACACAAACUCUAUUAGCUCGAACGGAGAAGAUUCAGAUGAGACUCAAAUGCGACUGCAACUGAAAAGAAAGCUGCAAAGAAACAGAACAUCGUUCACGCAGGAGCAGAUCGAAGCUCUUGAAAAAGAGUUUGAAAGAACCCACUAUCCCGAUGUUUUUGCGAGAGAAAGACUUGCAGCGAAAAUCGACCUCCCAGAAGCAAGAAUACAGGUGUGGUUCUCCAACAGAAGAGCCAAAUGGAGGCGAGAAGAGAAACUGCGGAACCAGCGAAGACAAGCCAGCAACUCCUCCAGCCACAUUCCCAUCAGCAGCAGCUUCAACACCAGCAUCUAUCAGGGCAUCCCACAACCCAGCACUCCUGUAUCCUUUACAGCAGGAUCAAUGCUUGGCAGACCAGACACCGCCCUAACCAACGCAUACGCCGGUCUGCCUCCAAUGCCAAGCUUCACGAUGGCCAACAACCUUCCUAUGCAACCAAGCCAGACAUCUUCCUAUUCCUGCAUGCUGCCCACCAGUCCGUCAGUGAAUGGGCGGAGCUACGACACUUACACCCCCCCUCAUAUGCAGGCACACAUGAACAGCCAAUCAAUGGCAACUUCUGGUACCGCCUCAACAGGACUCAUCUCCCCCGGAGUCUCAGUCCCCGUUCAAGUUCCUGGAACUGAACCCGACAUGUCUCAGUACUGGUCAAGAUUACAGUAAAGAAAAGAGUUACUUCGCCCUGUGACUUCCUCACUGAGAGACUAAGAAAGACAAGCAGUAUUCCACAAACACACACUGAAAACUUGAGGCAGUACCUUUAAGAAGAAAACGCGACGGUUACAGUGACACAACAGCGGAUCCCGGUUUCAAAAAACUUUAAUGGAACAAAAACAACAAACCACUGCUACAUCCACAUGUUUAAUAUCCAGUUUUGUUGUAUUUGUACAUGGGCAUUCGUAUGUAAAGACGAUGAGAGACACUAGACAGCCAAAAAAUAUAUGAGGGUCUUUCAUUUAAUCUAAAUGGAAGAACACAAGUCAAUGCGACUGUUUUCUGAUGACCUCAUAUCAGGAUUAUGGGUCAGAAUCCAUACAGUAUGCCACCAUGGAGAGAGCACCUCUGUUUGCCCACUUGAUUUUUCACUUUUUUAGAGUUACCCUCUAUAAGGACAAGGCUCAAGUCAACGUACCCACAAAGGAUUCAAUUGACAGUGCACAAUAUUGUAUCUAUAAAGGAACAACAGCCAUUAUGUGAACACGUUGCAGUUCUGUGUUUGAGGGUUUUGACCAAAACCUUUGCUGGGUAAACUGAUUCGGAGGCUGUUUUGUGUUUGAUAAUUUAUAACUGUAAAGAAAAAGCAAGAAAUCUGCAGGCUGUACCACAAAAAUGACUUGUUUGAGACUUCUUUGUCCUCAAAAAUCACAUAGACUUGCGAACUUCAAUAUAUUCUAAUUUUUAAUGCCCGUAAAAACUAUAAAUGUUUUACACUGAUUUUCAUACGUCAGUAAAAAGGAAAAGCAUUUAGGUCAGGUACAUAUGGUCUAUUAGGUAUAGUUGUAUUAUAGUGUACUCCUUUACAUCAUUUUGUGAGACUAGAAAUAUUUAAUUCAAAUAAUUGAUUAAAAAAAGCUUGACAGAGUUUUAAAACGUACGUGUUUGGCAGUUGUUUACAAGUACAUAUCAGAUUUUAACCAUUGUUGAUUGUAAAACAGACCAAAGCCUUCAUAUUUCAUCGAUCACACGACAGUUUCCUCUUUUUUAUUGUUAGUCUUGUGUUGCGAGAUUUUGUAAAACAAAAUAUUUUACAUUCUAGUACACCGGCUUCAAGUAUAUUUGACUGCGGAUUAAUCACGCGGUCCUUUAUUUAUGAUCGACGACCAUUUGUGGUUUUAGAAAAGCUGUUGACAUUCUGCGUUUUGUUGUGUACCUAAAACAUCAACACUUGUAAAGGUUUUGUGGCGGGGAGACGCUCUGGAAAACGAAAAGGUCUUCCCCUGUCUUGCAGAUAUUUCAAUUUUAACUUUAUUUAAAAGCUUUCUAAAUGUAUUUUGUGAGAACUAUUAAAAACAAUUUU